AAUACCAAAGGGACAUCAUUCAUAGUUUGAUAUCCACUUAAUCGCAGUUGUGAUCUUGUUCUAAUAACAACGUGUUAAAGUGGUUGACGUGAUUUUGUUGUCGUUAUUUUUUUUUUGAUUUUUUUUAUUUUAAUUACUCGGAUCAAAUUUUUGGCUUUUCGUAUUAGUAGAACCAGAAAAUUUAUUUUAAAAAAAUAAUUUAUUUUUUGUUCGUCUAAAUGUGAAAUGGGCACAUCAAAAAAGAAAUCUUCAUUUCGUAUUGAUGAUAUCCUUCAGCAACAGUCAGUGGAAAAUAUUAAUAAUAACAACAACAGCCAUCCGAACAACGGUUACAAAAUCUCAACAAAUAUGGAUAAUUUCAAAUCGUACAUCGAACACAUAAACAGUGCAACAUCGGCCAACGGCCAAAGUCAGACACACAAUACGGUUAUAACGUCAACAUCGUCGGAAAAUUCAUCGGUACAAUCAACAAAUUCAACAGAUUCGCCCCGAAAACCAUUGCCAAUGUAUCCACAAAAUGUAUUGGAUAUGCAAAAGUCUAAUUUUUGCUUCCCGAUGCCGCUGGGCAUGUCGUCAUUUUCGCCGGCCGCGGCCUAUUUCGAACAUUAUGCGAAUGCAUUCCACAAAGCAUCACCACGUAUCUGGCCGUUUUAUCCGCAUCCGUAUGGCGGUUAUUUGCUUCCGGGAUGUAAUUCGAAGCGAAAAGGUGGACAAGUUAGAUUUACGCCGCAGCAAACGCAAAAUUUAGAAAGACGAUUUUCCAGUCACAAAUACCUGUCACCGGAAGACCGACGGCAUUUAGCUAUGCAAUUGAAAUUGAGCGAUCGACAGGUGAAGACCUGGUUUCAAAACCGUCGUGCAAAAUGGCGCCGUUCAAAUGGGACAUCAUCGGAAUCUCCCACCAGUAACAGCAUGUCGGACAGUUCAUCCACGCCAUUAAAUCUUCAAGUAGUUAGUAAUUCACAAUCAUUAAACGAUAACAUUAACAUGAUGGCUGGAGCGCAACCAUAUCAUUACCAGAAAAAUUCCAAAUUCGAUGCCGAAAGUGAAGAAGACGACGAUGACGAUUAUGAUGAAGCAGAUUCCCCGAUUAAUGUAUCAUGAAUUGUGUUUUGUUUGUAUGCCGUUUAGAGGUGAUGAAAUUAGUGAGUUUACAAACUACGUUUGAAAAUUAGCGUAUACAUUUCACCGAAUCGUUUUAUUGAAUUAAGUUAAUUAAAUUAAUUAAAUGUGUACCAACUUCAACGCACUAAAAGCGAAUAUGACGAAGUUCGGUUCAAUUUUCUGUUUUCAUUUUUAAGUUUCAUUGACUUGUCUAUAAUAGUACCACACUAGUCAUCAGCUGUAGCAAAAUAAAGAAUUUUUAAUUUCUCUAAA